AUGGGUACGUUCGGCGUUUGGUCGGCGUAUGGAGCAGUCGGACGAUCAAUUCGAAUUGCUUUUUUAGUGUCAAGCAUUCUUAUAAUCGCGUACUCCAUAGCUUGUAUUGCAUACGGCUCAUGGCUAGCUUCCUCCAGGGGGCAAUACGCUGAACUGCUCUCUCCGUCGCUUUACGUUGACGUGGCCAGAAUACUCCUCGUUGUCUCCGCUAUCACUGUCGCCAAUCAACUAAUCUGCAUAUACUCCGUAAUUAAAGAAUUGCGUUUCUGGAUAUAUGCGUCUGCUGUGACAUCUCUAAUUAUCUUUAUAAUGUUGUUUAUCGGUGGAAUAAUGGGACUGGUGUUUCGAUCUCAGCUAACUACGCAAAUACCUCUUCGAUUAAAAAUGUUGACUUCGCUCAGAGAGCUCUACGGCACUCCCGAUAUGGAGCAGGUUACUGAUGCUUGGGAUCAGCUCCAAUCGAAUUUCAAAUGCUGCGGAGUGGAUGGAGAUGACUCCCUUGUUAUUUGGCGAACAUCCAAAUGGUACAUGCAUCAGAAAGCGCCAAAGCCAAUUCUACCCGCCUCAUGCUGUGUUCCGGGAAAAGAGGAAGAAUGUCGGUCAGGAAACUUGCAGAAUCCUAACACAACGACCACAUACACAAAUACAUGCUAUAUGCCGUUAAGGACAGAUCUGCUCUACGUGGUGCAUGUUGCCGCGUGGAUGUCGCUGGUGGCUAGUGUAGCACAGGUAAAUUUCAAAAAAAUUAAGAAUGAAAUUAAAAGGGAACAGAAAUUAUAUCCUUCAAUAUUUUAAAC